GCACUCUGUGGUAUAAAACUCCUCGAGGACUCUAGUGUUUUCCAGAUCUUCUCAGAUGCUGUAUCUGCCCACCUGUACAGCAGACGAAAUGAGCAAGGACGCGCCUGCUGACCGUGGUUUUAUGGUCGCCAUCAUUUUCUUCAUCCUGGGUUUGGGAACGCUGCUGCCGUGGAUUUUCAUGACUGCCUCAAUGUAUUUCAAUAAGAGACUCAACACGUCUGAAUCCAGGAACGGAACGAUAACAUCCGGAAAAGAGUAUUAUUUCAAUAACUGGAUGACUCUGCUUUCCCAGCUGCCUUUGCUGCUGUUCACGCUGCUCAACUCUAUUCUCUAUCCGCGGAUCUCAGAGAGGAUGAGGAUUGGAGGAAGUCUAGUCUUCAUCUUCCUGCUCUUCUUUCUCACUGCUGUCCUGGUGAUGAUCCCAAUGGAGGAGGACCGGUUCUUCUCCAUCACCAUGGCGACCAUCUGGUUCAUCAACUCGUUCGGCGCCGUGCUGCAGGGCAGUCUGUUUGGUUUGGUGGGUUUGUUACCGCAGAAAUACAGCGCCGUCUUCAUGAGCGGACAGGGACUCGCAGGAACAUUCGCUGCUCUCGCCAUGAUCCUUGCCAUCGCAAGUGAAGCUAAAAGUGACUCUGCAGCUCUGGGUUAUUUCAUCACUCCGUGUGUGGGGACUUUAAUCACACUCUUCAGUUACAUGAUGCUUCCCAAACUGGAGUUUGCAAGAUUUUACCUGGAAAACAAAGGCAAGAGCUACGAGUUGGAGACGUCCAGAGAGCUGCUGCCCACAGAUGAUGAUGCUGUGCCUCCAGAUGAUGCUGAAGUCUCUGAUAAGACGAGUGAACCGCUGAACGGCUCUGUGGUCAACGGGACUCCCGGUAAUGGCAUUAACAGUGUGAGUGAAGAGGAUUCUGGGAAACAGGCCUUCAUCACGCUGGCUACAGACAACACGUCCACGCGGAAGAGCUCCGUCUUCGAGGUCUUUAAGAAGAUCUGGGUGAUGGCCUUCUGCGUGACCUUCGUCUUCAUCGUUACGCUCUCAGUUUUUCCUGCUGUCACUGUGGACGUGAAAACCGCUUAUAGAGGAAAAUGGGAACAAUUCUUCAUCCCAGUCUUUUGCUUUCUCUGCUUUAACUUGUUUGAUUGGGCUGGCAGAACCGUGACCUCAGUGUUUAAGUGGCCGUGUAAAGAGAGCCGUCUGUUUCCUCUGCUGGUGGUUUGCCGUGUGAUCUUCGUGCCGCUGCUGAUGAUGUGUAACGUACAGGAGAGACAGAACCUGCCUGUGCUUUUCUCCAAUGACUUCAUCUUCGUCUUCAUCAUGCUGCUGUUCUCAGUGUCCAGCGGAUACUUUGUGUGUUUGUCUAUGACCUACGCACCACAGCUUGUGGAGCCUAAAGACGCAGAGACUGCCGGAGCACUGAUGACCUUCUUCCUGGCUCUGGGUUUGUCUUUAGGAGCAGCGUUUUCAUUCCCGCUGCGUUUACUGGUCUGACACACACAAAUGGAUGCUCUCAGGGCCACUGAUGGAACGUGUGUGUGUGUUAGCUGUUCAUAUAAAACACACACAUUCAGAAAAGGAAGACCUCUCUCUGGCAGCUUAAAACAUGCAUAUAUUGUACAUGACAGAAAAAGGGAGACGAAUGAAACAAACACAAGUGUACAUUUAAGGAGAUUUAUUCUCAAAACAAACAAAAGGAAAUGUUUAUUAGCGAUACCUCAGUGACUAAACUUCAACAUGAUGACUAGAGUUUUCAUCAGUGGCCAACUAUGACUACAGCAGGCUGAUAAACCACACGUUUGGGCUGUUUUUAUAGGAAAGGUUUAUUUUAGGAGCAGUUUUGAUUUUAAUUUCAGUGAAUUGAGGUACAAAACUCUGAUUUAUCUUCUUUCUUUAAUCCGAGUAACAUAAAUGAUAUUAAAAUGUGUAUAAGUAGAGCUUAUUAGUACACAUAGCUCUACGUAGUAAAUAUUACUAAUACUUUAUUAUUAUAGUCAAGCAUAUAGACGAAAAUGAUGAUCAAAAAGAUGAAAAUGUUAAUGGCAGGUAUAUUUAUUUCUACUUUAAGUGUAUAAAAGAUGACCUUCUGUCAUUAUUUUAUGUUUACAUAGAAGCGCAGUGGUUACUGAUGGAAACUGUUGUUACCGUGAACAGUGGAUUAAAGAUCAGGACUUUUAUUAUUUUACUUAGUAUUUGAUUUUAUACAUAGGAGUACAAAUACAUUCAGGAGUUACAUUAUCCUAUAAUUAUAGUAUAGUAUAAUUCAUAUAGACCAUUUCAAUGUGAUGAUGUCAUUGGCUCAAGAAAAUUUCGAGCUUGUUGUCAAACUAUUUCAUAACCGUAACAAGAGGAGAUUCAGUCAUAACUGUUAAUGUUAAAACUCGUGCCAUGGGAUUAUUUAUCAAUAUGUGGAUCUUUUUGAGUUCUCGGAAGCUAUAGAAAGUAAAAAUUUCCUGUAAAACAGGACAUGCGUCAGGACCAUUGUUAUUGUUUAUAUACCUCAAAAUGGUCUUUAAAUAGGGCUGAGCGAUUUGGCCUAAAAUGAUAAACUCUUUUUUUUAUUUAUGUUUUUGCCCUCAUAGUUCUCUGUUAUAUAUAUAUAGUAAAAAUGAUACUGAAUUGUCUAAAAUGUAAUAUACACAUGUCUGGAAUCUAGGCUUUUUUUUUUUGCUAUUUAAUGCAAUUAAAUAGCUCUGAAUGACAACUUUUAUUACUUUCAAUUUGAAAGAAAUUUGCAGAAUAAUGAAAAUUAUUUAUCUCAAAUAUGAAAGCAUAAAUCAUAAAUAAAUCCAGAUAUAAAUCCAGAGAAACUGAGAAUUUCCAAAUAGUCUCAAUUUUUCUAUAGCUCUAUAAUAUUAAUAUAAUGCUAUUCAUAACUAUUAUGGACAGUGGGAUUUAUAAGUCUGAGUUCUGUGAUUUUGAAAAUCUAAUUUCGUGUGAAAUAUAUGCACUAUUAAUAGUUCGUCAAGCAAAAAAAAAUUCUAAGCUACUAACUUUUUUAGCUACUAAGCUAACUUUUUUUAAUACAGAAGGUCAGAUUGUCAAUCAUUAAAGCAUAAAACACAGCUUUUGCCCAGAUCAGACCGCAAAAACCUGAAUUAUCAGCUGAAAAUAUGCUGAUUUUCAUAUUGUUACUUAGUUUUUAUAGAGUUAAACUUAUACACUCCACUGUGUGCUUGUGUACUGUAAUGCGUGAAGCAUGCAUAUACAAAUACGCAUGUUUCUUUAUUUUUUUAAUGAUGGUGAGGAGUCCGACUCAUCAUUCCUGAUUUAUUUAUUUGACUUUAAUUUCACUGAUAAGACACGGGAUAUGGAGGGAAAAUCAACAAAACACACACAGACACGCAUAAAUAUUGAAUUAGCCAUUUUUCCAUUUCAGCCUGACAGUAAAGAUUGUAUGGAAAGAUCAUAUUUAAUAUUUCUAAUAUAGAACAAGUAGCUAACAAGUGCUUUUAUAAUAGAUUAAACCACAUAUUAUUGUAGUUUUAUAGAUUUUCUUACACAUUUUGACUUGUUUACUGACCAUAAAAUCCAAUUAUAUAUUUAGUUACACAAUGGUCACGAUACUGGAAUCAACAAAUGCAUCAUCCUGGUUUUAUGAGCUCCUAAUUGAAAGUGAAGACGUAUUUCAGUUGAUAUUCCUGAUCCGUUAAGCAGUAUUUGACAUUUAAUUCUGCUCUCAGUAACACUGCCUUACACCAAACUGACUAUAUGUUGAAGAGUACUAAAUGCAUCCUCUUGUUUUUUAUCACUGAGGAUGUUUUCUAAAAUGAAGCUUCAUGUUUGUGUUCAGGAAUGUGUGUGAAGUGCCAUGUGAAUGUGUUCAUAAAAGCGACUCUACUGUAUGGACUCAAAUGUUACAAGCGUCUGAAUUGACAUUAGUUUAAGUGAAGUUAGUGCUGAUUUUUUUAGCGUGUUCAAUAAGUUGUUACAUAACUCUUCUGAAUGAUUCCACAUUUCAUUCCUCCAACAACAAGCUUGAAUUACUGUCAUGCAGAUGGCAAAAUUAAGAAACCCAUAUAGGAAUCUGAGAUGUGUCAAUGUAUGCAAAUCAAAUAUAAAGCAUGCGAGUUCAUAUUUAAUGUAAAAAUGCUGCAUAUUUCAAAAUGUUCCAUGAUUUGAAAUACAAAUAUGGACAUUAAUGUUCAAAUAUAACUACAAUGGAAAUACAUGGCCAUAUAUGAAGAUAUACAGUGUCGGUACAAUCAAACCGAAUCUGAACACCAGCAAAAUGAAUGUACGCUGAUUCUUGAAAAGAGAAAUAUUUAGGAAGACCUAAUGUUUCCAAUGAACGAUGACCAGGAAAUAUUUGGUUGUAUUAAUGUUGUAUUGACGUUUAACUUGACAUGCUGUCAUCGAAAGUCUGAAAGUAGUGUUUUUAUAUAAUGUUUUGUUUGACAAUUUAAAUAAGCAAAAUAUAGACACAGAAGAAAUGAAACUGUUGUUUGUGUGUUGAAGGUCACUUUUUAUUUUGUGUGUUUGCAGUGAAGUCCAAUACUGAUUUAGAAGAGUGUUUCACAGUAGUUUGCGGUGUCGUCGUUUACAUCCAGCAGCAAACCUCUCAGAUGAAGGCAAAACUUCAGACAUAUUGAACGCACUGAUGAAAUAAACCAUCAGCACGUGCACACACACAUACAAAUACUGCUGCUUCUAGCAAAAACAAACACUGUUCUGUCUAUACAAGAGCUGUUAAGAUCCAAACACUUCUCAGAUAAUUGAGUUUAUCAAUAUAGAUUCAGUUUCAGUGUUAAAUUCCUAGAGGAGUGUUCACACAAUCAAGAUCCUAUUGCCAUUUCCAGCAGUGUAAAACUAGGAAUAUUACUUACAAUUGAACUUUUAUUCAUUGUUUUAUUGUAAGUCUUACAGUGGUUGUAAAGCCAGCAUGUUGAGAUCCACUAUAAGAAGCUGUGUAUUUUUAUAAUGAAAUAUGCUUUUAAAUGGACUAAACUCCACUGCUGCUACAGUA